AUAUCGUGCAAGAGUCGCUUGGCGACCAGCGAGUGCUUGCAAUAUUAUCCUUGUUUAAUCGGUGUGACUGAUCGUUUACGGUCGCGUUUUAUAUCAAAAAAGUUUGUUCCACAUUUACAUUUCUAUCGUCUCUAAACAAGUCGUCAAUUUUGAAGUGUCUAGUCAAAAUUUGUAAACAAAUAUUUGUUUGGAUAAAUCGCGUGUUUUCGUGUUAUUUAUGGAAUAUUAUUAUUAAAGUUUUUUUGUUCAUUUACCAGGCGUUUGUUAGUAUUUACAAUUACCAAAAUACAGAACAUGGAGAAGUCUGGAGGCUCGCGUUUGUUGCAAAUGCAGAUAGAAAGAACUAAGCGAUUGGCACGUUUUCAACAAAAGCAGCUACAAGAAAAGGAGAUGAAAAUAGCAUCGUUAUACGAGGCUCAACAGGCAAAAGCGUUGGAUAGAGUGCGUCAUUCACCGAGCAAUGGAACCACCCCCACCAAUCCACCUCCAACACAUCCACCCGGAAAGGUUCGUCAAAUGUUCGAAGAACGCCGAACCAAAGCGGGUAUCGACAAGAGUUAUCCCCUUCAGCCGAUCCACAAUACUGAGAGAGCACAGCCAAGGAAAGCUAUACCCAAUGGCUAUACGAAGAUCGCUAACACGACUUCCAGGCUCGCGGUGAAAAAGGAAACGUCAGUGCGAACACAUGGCACAAUUAGUUCCCAUAGCGUCAAAAAACAGAUGACCCAGGUUCAAAGUGUGAAAAACAAUAUUAUGAUUAAUGGCUCGGGCGAUCUCAACCACAAUCAUGAAGUCGAUCUCAAUACUGUUACAAAAUUGACAAAACAUAACGGCGAAGAUCCGAUUUCAAGUGAUGAGAUAGAUGGUGGAAAAACAGAGAACAAUAAUAAGCACGAUUUACUGGAAAAUGAAACAUUUCCCUAUGCGCUUGCGCCGGAAACUCCCCGUACCGACGACGUGGACACAAGGAGGAUUGUCAAAAAAGCUCCAGCUCCAACCUCAAUAAAAGCAAACAAAGUCGUGCCUAAAAAUAGUAGUAUUCCGCCAAAGAGAACAACAAAUGAAAAUGUGCAGGCAACAGAAAGCAAGCCCCGAGGGGUCAUGCAGAGAGCAAAUCCCGUGCCAAAAAGAACUACACCGAGUCCACCAAGGGCAUCUAGUGGCGUGAGGAAGCCCAGAGCAAGCGUAACGUCAGCGAGUAAGAGUGGGCCGGCCGGGUCGGGAGCGGAAGGAGACGCGUGUGCGGUGUGUGGGCGCCACUUUGCGCCUGACCGCCUCGCUCGGCAUCAAGACAUUUGCCGGAAGACUCACACCAAGAAGCGCAAACCUUUUGACGUGCUUAAACAUCGCCUUGCGGGCACAGAAGCUGAGCCCUUCAUAGGAAAGCUCCGCAAGGGCACAACCAGCUCGACGAAAGUAAGCAAAUCUUUAAACGGCAACUGGCGCCAGAAACACGAAGAGUUCAUCCAAGCUAUUCGCGCCGCAAAACAAGUGCAGGCGCAUCUAAGCGCUGGUGGAAAACUUAGCGACCUGCCGCCCCCGCCUCCCUCAGAAAACCCGGACUACGUCCAGUGCCCUCACUGCAACCGUCGUUUUAACCAAGGAGCUGCCGAACGACACAUUCCGAAAUGUGCCAACUUCCAAUUUAACAAAUCCAAACCGGCCGCCCGGCGUAGGUAACCUGCUCGUGAAUUACAGAUUUAAUCGACUAAAUUUUAUGUAAGCUUAUUGUGAUAUAUCUAAUCCAAAAUUAGCAAAGUUGAAGAUUUUGUCCUACAGAAUUGGUUAAAGCUUACAAUAGUUCAUCAAAUAAUAUAUCUAAUCGGCUCGUGAAUAAAUUAGAAUUUCAGCGAAAUCUACGUUUUUUUUUAUAGAGCGUAUACAGUAUUUUAGAGUAGAUUUACAUAUAUAAAGUAAACUUAUCCAAAAUUUUAAUUAAUUACUGGUCAUGUUAAAAUAUUCUUAUGACAUUUUCCUAUUCAUAGAAUUAAUAAUCCAAAUAGUGUUUACAUUUAUAUUAUUUUACUUAGUGAAGUCAUUUUACGAUAUAAUAAGUCCAAAUGCGAAUUGACGGGAGCAAGCAUACGAUAUCAAUAGAAUGUACGUCUUGUUGGGAAGAUCUAUUUCUGCGGCUCAUUAUAGCUUAUUUUUUGUAUUGCUCACUGCGUUUAAUAGUUACUUUAGUGUUUGUUUUAUCAUGCAGGUUGUGUCGGUUUUCGUAUCAAUUUUGAUACUAGAACAAUUGAAAUAGCUAUACAUUAUACACAUACGGACUUGUCAUUUGCUUUUCAAACUUUGAUGUACUUGUUUUUUUUUAAAUAUUUGACUAACUGUGAAAUAACGUGAUAAAAUUGAAGGGAUUCUUAACCUAUAAAUAAAAUUGAAUAAUAAAAAAUAAUGCGCCAGUAACUUAUCUGAUUCUAACACGGAUUUUUAGCUACGCAAUGUAACUGAUUUCAAAAAUACUUUAGGUUUAGUUACGAAUGAGAUAAGAUGGUGACAUUGAUUUAUGAAAUUGCAAGUCUAAACAUUAAUUGUACAAAACGCUUUUGAAAUGUUAACAAUGCCAUUUUGGAAAUAUAAUUGUUUUUAAUUAUAA